GAAUCAGGGGCAGGGUUUAAUGGGUCAGUGACCAAACCCAGUCCUAGGAUAUUAGCGGGAUGAAGUCCAUGCCCAACCUGCAGCUGGUCCAGGACCAGGGUCGGAUAAAGUAGACUCUUGGCUUGGGGGCGUGGCCAGAAUCAGAGGCAGAACGACAGGAAUUUAACCUAUCGGAGGCUAUAAAUUUGUCUAAGGGGCUUGGGCAUACUUCGGACUACCCCUGACAGAGAUGUAUCCAAUCAUGUAGACGCAAGAGGCCAGCCGCAGGUUUCGGAGGGCGUGGUCAGACUUGUUCCCAGAGGUUCCGGCCAAUCCUGGAGUUAGUUUCUUAUGUAAGGCGGGGUUCAUCUGGAAAGUGUGACCAAUUCCAUUGCUAGAGUCUGAGAAGAGUGAGCCGCAGGAGCCUAGGGCCAACUGGGGGCGUGGUCUGUCAAGACAUUGACCAAUCUUGGAGUUAGGCCGAGUUUAGGGCGGAGUCUCAGGGAAGCUCACAGCCCAGCCCUGGGGCGGAGCCUAGCAGGGACUGCAACCAAUGGAGCCGAGUCCUCGAGGGCCAAGGCCGUCUCAGGGGUGGGGCCUUGCCAGUUCCGGUCGGCCCGGGGGCGUGGCAGGGCCGAGACAGCAGAGGGGGUCAUGUCCGCGCCGCCCGCCCUGCAGAUCCGGGAGGCGAACGCGCACCUGGCGGCCGUGCACCAGCGCGCGGCGGAGCUGGAGGCGCGGCUGGACGCGGCAGAGCGCACGGUGCGUGCCCAGGCCGAGCGUCUGGCCCGCCACGACCACCAGCUGCGCGCUGCCCUGGAGGAGCUGGGCCACUCCAAGGACCGCGAGAUCGAGGCUCUCCAGGAGCAACUCCUGACCUCUGAGGCCGCUGUCCAAAGCCUGCAGGCCGCUGUGCACCAGAGGGACGAGCUCAUCGGGCAGCUGCGGCCCCGAGCCGAGCUGCUGCAGGACAUCUGUCGCUGGCGGCCACCCUUGGCCGCACUGCUGGCUGCCCUGGCUGAGGCUGAGCAUCUGGGGCCCUUGCCGGACAGUGCAGCCAGCCACCUGCUUCCCGGUGGGCCCGGGCCACCCCUCGCCAACAGCACUGCAGAGGAGGACGAGGCGGAGGAGGAAGAGGAUCACCUCCAGCCUUCGGUGUUUGGGACAACAGUGUGAGCCCGGGAGCAGACUCCAGAGCUGAUGCAGACAGUCCCUUGGGGACUUCCAUCCCCUGGGGGAUCCCAGGGCAGAGGCAGGAUCCUGGCCAAGCAGCAGAAGCUAAAAAGACCAUGUUUUCAAGCAGGCCAUAUGCAGAUGUUUAGCUCAGACAAGUCACAAAGAAAAUGGAACUUUGAAUCCACCACCCUUGUUGAAAAGCUGGCAGUACUGAGCUAAAGCUGCAUUCUGGCUUGAGACCUGGCUGGCUUUGCCUGAUCUGCGUCCAGGCAGGGCCCGCACUUUAGCCAGGGUGUGCGUUAGCUCACUUCUCCCUGUGCCCCAGAUGCAUCUGACUCAGAACUCUGUUUGGUGGGGGGCCAAUGGCAUCAGAUCCCACAGGAUUUGAACUUCUCUAAUUUUUUCCCUUUUGCCUUUUUUGUUGUUUUUUGAGAGAGAGUCUCGUUAUGUAGUUCAGGUGGCUUUGAACUCACUAUGUAGCCCAGGCUGGCCUUGAACUCAUGGAGAUCCUCCUGCCUCAGCCUCCCAAGUGCUGGGAUGACAGUUGUGCACCACCACGCCCAGCCCUUGUCUUGAUUCUUGUUCCUUCUGGACCAUCUUAUAUUCCAGGGCUAAAGCUUUUUCUUACUUUUUUACCCUAGAAUGGGGAGUGUCGAGCCACAUGCCAUUUUUGCAUUAGUUGUAUGAAGAUAGAUUUUUUUCAUCCUAGAUCUAUAUUCCCUAACUCCAUCCUUCCCUCAACCCUUAAUCCCCAAAGAAGAUCAGGCCAGUGAGAGGUGCUGGCCGCCAGACUGGCCAGGAAAAACCACUCAGCCAUUUACCUUUUCCUGGUGGCAUCCCGCCCCAGGGCCUUUGCACUAGCUCUUUCUCUGUCUAAAAUGCUUUUCCUCCUGAUUCCCACGUAAUUGUUUCUCAGAUCUCUGCUCAAAGGCCACUUUCAUCAGAGGCCACCCCGGACCACUUUACUUGACAUAAUUCCUCCUCCCCACCCCACUCUACCCCCAUAAUUCUGUUUUAUUUUCUUUAUGAAAUUCUACCAUCUCAUCUGGAAUGUAACCUCCUUCAGGGCAGGGAUUUUUGUCUCUCUUGGUCCCUGUCACCAGUGCCUUACAUUCCCCAGGAGCCCCUGAAGGAACCGAUGGGUCUAUGAGCCGAGGGAAUCCCGGGGGCCCCUUUCCUCCAGAGCAUCUGCCUUUUGGUAGCAGGUGGCUAUGUUUUGAUAGAGAAUCUAUUUUUUAAUUCCUUGUUUCUAUGUUGCCCUUCCUGGCCCAAGACAUUGAGGGCAUUUUGCUUUUUAUCAAGCCAGGGACGGAGAGAUGCCCAGCCUGGUCGGUGGCCAGGAUCUGCCCAGGGGCAGCGUCUACUCCAGCUGGAAAUGUUGGUGGCCAUCCAGAGCCCUCGGGGUGGCGCCAUCUCCCGGCCUGGCAUCUCACAGUGACUCCUUAGAGCAGGGACAAUGGUCCCAUUUUCUCCUGCAGAUGAAUAAAGGGGGGUCUGUUUGUGUAGAGGAACGGCAGGCUGGGGCCUGUCUGUGCCUGAGAGUAAACCAUACCAUUUCUUGG